AUGCAUCCACUGGCGGAACGCAGAGCGACAAUUUUAGAUGGUGGGCGAGGUGGGUUACAGGGAGUAGUGCGUAAGAUAAUCAGGGAGUUGGUCAAGAAUGAAAGACCGUUGAAAUGUGGCAACGGCUGUGGGAAAAAGGAACCUUUCCUGUAA